AUGGCGUCCAUCGCUGUGGGCGUCGUCCUCAUGAGCGGCAGGAAGGCCAACGUUGAGGUGCCAACAACUGCCUCACUGGAUGAGCUGAAGCAGCAUGCAGAGAGUGCGUUGGGAAUUCGGGGCAGCUUGCUCGACUCCUCAGGCUGUUUGCUCGAGGGCCGCCAAGCAGUAUCCGAAACGGGUCUGCAGACGGGCGAUGUCCUCACCUUGCACAUAAGGCCGAUCUCUGUCGCUGCCACGCACGGGGCCUUUGCAGCCAUUCUCUCCGAUGCAAGUGUGGUGAGCUGGGGCCAUGGAGAACUUGGUGGCGAUUGCCAAAGCAAACAGUCUCGAGAGCAUCCCAGAAACGUGUGGUUCUUAAAGACCACUGAUGUUGCUGUUGCAGCUGUACUGGGCAACGGGAAUGUGCUGACCUGGGGCUAUGCAUUCCACGGCGGCGACAGCAGCAGCGUCCAGGAUCAGCUUCAAAACGUGACACACCUUCAGGCCCGAUGGAUCGAAGAAGGGGUAGGGUUUAGGAGUUACGUAAGGGUUCAGGGUUUAGGGGUUUAA